CUUGACGAUCUGACAAGUAAAAUGACAAUUUUGGAAUAAAACGUAAAAAAUACAAGAACAUCCUUUCAGAAUCUAAAUAAUAUGUGAAAAUUACAGAUUUCAUUGAAAAUCUACCCCAUACUAAAAGCUCCCAUGUAGGGGGGACAAAGCAAGAAUAAAUUAAUCUUAUGAGGAACUCAUCUCGAGUUCCUCAUAAGAUAAGGACUUUACCGUAAAUCUGGACAAUCCCGUGUGACUAUUUAAAGAAAUUUGAUCACCUAAGUUAUUUGAUUGAGCUAUGAGGACCUUCAAACAAGAAACUAAACCUAUAACUCUUAAAUUAACGCAUACUAAGAAUUUUUAUAGUAAAGAAGUGAAUGAAUUAAAAAAACUAUGACACCGCUUUUUAUAUGUGAAUGCGGGAUCUGAGGUCAGUCUUCUGCAUUUUUUAGUAUUGGGUCAUGAUCCAAACUUCUCGCAUUUUAUUCAGCAGAAAAGCAUAUCAAGAGAUUCACGCUAUUGUGUAUCUAAAUAUCAAUAAAUGGUCCAAGGAAAUUCACAAUUAGAUUACUAGGUUGCAGCGAUAUUUCUCCUGUAGUGAUAGCUCAGGCUCGAUAAUGAAUUUGUCAUCAAAAUCAGAGGAAUUUCAUACAUAUAAUAUUAUUACAAUGAUAUCAGCAAUUUGUAACGCGUGCGUGUGUACAAUAUGUAAAUAUUUGUCUAGGCGUUCAGUGCCUACGUUGGCUGAUCCCUGCAACUGUAAGCCCUGUAAUUGCGAGCAGUGCACUAUGUUUGCCAAAAACUACGAUUGCAAAAGCAUUGAACAUCGCUUGCAAUGCGAAAAUAAAUCACACGAUGAUUUAAUAUUCAAUCAUCUUACUAAAUCUAUCAUUUAUGACGGAGAGAAUCCAGCAACCAUAACUCUUUUUGGAGAUGUCGGUCAUUCAGACAACCAGUAUUCCCCUUGCUCAUGUACUAACUGCAUACAGCAUUGCCUUAGUUUACCGCUAGUGAACCAAACACUUGCUGUCAAACCUGGAAUUAAAAUGUUGAAUAGUCCGCACAAGUGUUGCUUAAGCAACUCCUGCAGUCUUAGAUGCGUAUCCGGUGGUGAUAUGGUCGGAAAACCAACCGAGGAAUAUCAUAACUUUUACACCGCUAUAGUAGAAAACCAUCAAGUGAUACCACAGAAUGUGGAUUUUACGGACUCUGCAGUAUGCAAGUGUUCGUUUUGUGAGUGUUCGUCAUGUCCUUAUCGAGAGCAAGCCGGAAAUCAGGAAAGUUGUAAAACUAUUAGUCUUUUAAAAAAAUAUAUUGAAGAUGAGUGGAAACGAAAGUUAAGAAGUAGAACUCAAGAUUAUAAUUAUGACUACGGGCUUCAUGGAGGUGGUCCAAAAAGUACAAUCAGCAAAGUUGGUGUCAUUAAAAGUUCAGAAAAUUGUAGUAGGUGUAUAUCAGACCCUAAUGCACGCGCGAGACCUUGUCAUUGCUCUAUAAAAGAAAUGCUAAAUAAUCUAUACGAGCACGAAAUUGAAAUUGAUGGACGUGAUAAUAAAUUACUGAACGAACAACUCUAUAAAAAUAAUUAUGUAAGUACAGUAGCAAAUGUUGAAACUAAUACUGAAUAUAUCACAACCGACAAAAGUACUGAAACUGACAAUCAGCGGUGCUUAGAAAAUAAAGUAAAAAAUUAUGAAUAUACAUUAAAAAUUGAUAUUACUGCACCCGACCUUGAUAAUAUAUCUAGGUAUGGUACUAAACAAAAGAUAAAGAAAAUAUCUAAAAACAAAAUAAAGGAACAGACGCAGAAAGUGAUGAAUGAUAUUAUAAACGAUAUUUCAAGAAAUUCUCAAAUGGAACAAACAAACCAAACGUCAUUUACGGACCUUAAAAAUCAUAAGGUGGAUGAUUUUAUAAUUGGCUGCAUUACCCCAAUUCAUAAUGGCAUAGGCCAUAGUAUUGUAAAAGUUGCAGGAGUAAGCGAGUCUGAAUUACCGUCCAAAGAUGGCUCCUUUCUGUUUCAGAAUGAAACAUUCAGUCCAACAUCACCAGAAGAAAUCUCAAAGACCGUCUCAAUAAUAGAUUCGGAAAUGGGAAGUUAUUUGGAUGAGCUCAGAGUCCAAGAACCGUGCGCUAGAAGAGUGUCACAUCAUACAGUUAGUCUCAAGUGGAAGCUGCCCAAAGCAAUCGAAGGAAUAAUGGGAUACGAAAUACUGGUGGACGGCAAAUCUAUUGAGAGGAUAAGUAAUCCAAGGCGUUGCAUGGCGGUAAUCAGCUGCCUCCCUCCCGUCCAGCGACUUCUGAUCACUAUCCGGACCAUCACCAAAACCGCAGAUCAAGGGUUCCUCCCUUGCACCACUAUCGGAUAUCACCCACGUGAUAAUAAAUUUAUAUGCGUUUAAAAGUUAACUGCUAAUUAUGACACUAUUUAUUUUCCGAAUCUCUAAUGUUAGAAUAGAAGCGGUUGUUACAUUUACCGUUACACCGCACCGAUCUGUGCUUCGAAAAUUUAUGAAGAACGAAAACGUAUCGUCACUCACAGGGUUAAAAGGGGUUAUUACGAACGGAUAGACUUACGAUAGGAUCAGACUGCGGUAGUAGUUGCAACGGUAAAUGAAAUUACCGCUUAAGUCAAGCCCUUUCUUACCUUAAUUAUUUAAAAUUUGUAUCCUUGUCUUAUAUUUACAUAAAAUAGUUAAAACUUGUCUUAUUAUUAUGUCAGUGAAAAAUAAAGUUAAAAUUGAACUGUAACAA